UGAUGAAGGGAGUAAUGAAUGAUGGAAGCGCAAUUCCUUCGCCAUCUUCCGAGCACGCUAAGGAACACAAGCUUUAUGGCGUUGUAAAUAGGAGUCGCACUUUUGAAAAUGGUGGCGUUCAUCGCAGCCUGAGGUUUUUGGCAGCUUAAGCCGACGUACGCCCAGAAUAAGGUUUUUCGCAGCUAAAUCAUCGCAAGCAGUUCCAACGCUGUAAAGAGAGGUUUUUAGGUUGGAUUACUAUUAGCCUAUGUAAAAUCAAUUCAUUGUUGCAAGCCUACUCUACUCACCCCAAAAAUGCUUCCACUCUCGCUCCUGAGGACGGCGCAGAACCAUCCAAUGUUGGUGGAGCUGAAAAAUGGAGAAACAUACAAUGGUCACCUAGUUAGCUGUGAUAAUUGGAUGAACAUCAACCUCAGAGAUGUUAUCUGCACAUCCAGAGAUGGUGACAAGUUCUGGAGGAUGCCAGAAUGCUACAUUCGUGGUUCGACCAUAAAAUAUUUACGUAUCCCUGAUGAAGUGAUUGACAUGGUGAAGGAAGAAGUAUCUUCCAAGGGUAGAGGUCGAGGAGACAUCAAGGGCCGAGGUGGGGCUCAAAGAGGCCGUGGUGGAAUGCCUGGCAGAGGUAAGGAAACUUUAGAGAAACUUUUGCUUCGCCUGCCUGUGGGGUGGAUGGAAUAG